UUCUUUUUGGCAGGCAUUACGCUGUGGGACCGCGAUGACCUGGAAAAAGAUAAAGGAGAAAGACCAAAACCGAACACUGACUUUGAGAUUGUUGCAUCUGAAUCAAUUGAGGACAAAUCUUCAGCUCUAAAUGUUGAAGCUUCCCUGAAGGCAAGUUUCUUGAGUGGACUGGUUGAGGUUGAUGGAUCGGCCAAAUACCUGAACGACAGUAAGACUUCCAAAAAUCAGGCCAGAAAAGCAAAAAGAUUAAAAGCUUUAAAGAGAUGUGCUCUGAGUUCAAGCUGGGAUUCCAACAAAACUUGGCAAAGAAACUUCCAUCAAUCCGAGGAGGAGGAGAAGAGGAGGCUGUGCUCGCAGAGAUCCUGAAGAAGAGACAUUCUUCUCCUUUCAACACCAAAGACCUGAAUGAGUGGAUGGACUGUAAAGAGAGAGAAGUCUACACCUUAAUGUCUUUAACCAACAUGAUGAAAAACACCAAGAUCGUCCCCUCUCAGAAUGUUCUUAGUAAAGAAACCCUCAGUGCAGACCAUGCUGUGUGUUUUGUUUUCACCUCCCUGGGAAGUGCUGAACCGUACCUCUCAGUUUUAUCUAACUACUUAAAACAAACACCCGAAGCAGACGACCCUCUAGAUGUAGAGAAGGAACAAUGGUUCACCUCAAAAGAAAUAACAGAUGCAAUGAGGAAUAAAGCAAAGCUCUUCAGUGACUUUGCAGAGGCCAACAAGGAGAACAAGAACAUAAAGUUCCUGACAGUGGGAUUAACAAAUGAGACACAGAAAGGUUCAAGCAUCUACCUUUAUGAAGGCGGCUUUUCUGUCAAUGAGAACUUUGAGCCGCCUUCAAAGCCUGAAACAGUAACAGCAAGUGACAUAAAGCACAACAGUGUGACACUGAAGAUUUCUGCGCCCAGAUUUGGAGCAGAGAACAUCACCUCCUACUCUGUAGAGUACUGUGUCAGAGGAGAGGAUGGAUGGCAACAAGAGACAGCAUCAAAAGCUGGAGAAGUCACAGUGAGCCAUCUGAGUCCUAACACAGAGUAUAUGUUCAGAUGCAGAGCAGUGACCUCAGCAGGUGUUGGGCCGGCCAAUGAAGUCAGUGGUUCCAUUAAAACCUUACCUUGCAGCCCUCCUGGAAAACCUCAAGUUGAACCAAACUCAAGUGAGAUCUCAGUCAGCUGGGAGAAACCUGCUGAGCUUGGACAAGAUGUCCAGAUUUUGAGCUACAUCGUGGAGUACGCCAAAACAGACAACGGGGUGAAAGAGGAAGAUCUCCAAUGGAACCAUGGAAUGAUGACAGGAACUGAAAAGACGAUCAUUUCAGGGCUUCAGUCAGAGACAGAAUAUGUUGUCAGAGUCAGAUGUGACUGUGGUGAAGCUGGAAGAAGCAAGGAGAGCAUCUCUGUUAAUGUCUGCACAAUGAAAUUUAAACGUCUCACAGAACUCCUCAAAAGUAGAAGUGAAAGGAUAAAUUCUGAAUCACCUUCAGUUUACAAACUGCCUCUGAAAGAAGAAGAUACGGACAUUGAUGGAUGUAGAAGAUACAGUUUUGGCAAAGAAAGCACGAGGAAAAAUCGCACAAUAAUGUUUUUUGGUGUGACUGGAUCUGGAAAGGCGACUCUGAUCAAUGGACUGAUCAACUACAUUGUUGGUGUGGAGUGGAAGGACAAUUUCAGAUUUAAACUAAUUGAUGAGGGUCAGUCGACGUCACAGGCUGAAAGCCAGACCUCUAAAGUCUCUGUGUACAAAAUCAACCACCAGGAGGGUUUUAAAACAGAAUACUCUCUGACCAUUGUUGACACUCCAGAGUUUGGAGAUACAAAAUGCAUAGAAAGAGACAAACAGAUCACAGAACAGCUGUGUAAUCUCUUCUCUGCUGAGCUUGGUGUCAGUGAAAUUGACGCUUUGUGUUUUGUAGCUCAGGCUUCUUUAGCUCGACUCACACCAACACAGAAAUAUGUGUUUGACUCUGUGCUCUCAAUCUUUGGCAAAGAUGUGGCAGAAAACAUCAGGGUUCUGGUGACAUUCGCAGACGGCCAGCAUCCACCAGUUCUACAGGCCAUCAAUGCUUUAGGUGUCCCAUGUCCUAAAACAAGAGACGGGCUGCCAGUUCACUUCAAAUUGAAUCAUUCAGCGCUGUUUGGAGACAACAAACCAUCUACAGCAGGCAGCAUGAGUGGGGAUGAUGAAGAUGAUGAUGGAGGCUUUGAUCAGAUGUGUUGGAACAUGGGGACAAAAAGCAUGAAGAGGUUCUUUGUUGCUUUAAAUUCCAUAGAAACCAAAAGCCUGAUGAUGACGAAGGAGGUCCUCAGAGGAAGACAGCAGCUCGAGAAUUCAGUUGAACAUUCGCUGAAGCAGGUUAAAGCUGAGUUAGCCAAGCUUGAGGAGAUAAAAGAUGUGCAAGAAAACUACCCAACACGUUCUUGGGCAUUUCUUGAAGAACUGACAGAUGAAUUUCGUGAAUUUAUGAAAGCAGAGGUGAUGAAACUGAUAGAGAGUUCUACUGAGUGUUUAGGUAGACUUAAAGAGAUAUCACUGAAGCCAGAUCUUCUCUACCAUCCAGACUACAUUGACAUACUUAUUGAGGGAGAGAAAUCUGAGACCAAGCCAGGCUGGAAACGACGAGUUCAGUCCCUAAAAGAAAUAAGAGAAAAAGUAGAAAGAAAUGAAGAUAAUGAUGUCAUCACCUUGAUGCAGAUGAUGAUGGUAACAAUAGUUUUAUCAUCCUCUGAUGAAGAAGGUAAUGAUGGCGCGUUCUUCUUGUUGAAGAAGAUGAUGAAGAUUAUGUUAUCUCUAAAGAAGUAG